AUGGCAACCUGGGUAUCUGACGAGGGCCUUGGGGCCAGGGAGUCGAUCUCAGAAGCCCAUAUUCUGGUCACCGAGCUCUAUAACCCAGCGAACCAACGGGACCCCACCAGAAUCAAUGAGAUCCAGACGCGCCUCCAGCAACUUCAGAAGAUGAAAGAUGCAUGGGCAAUUGCGGAUUCCCUUCUGCAAAGCGAACACUCUGCCCAGCAUCGUUUCAUGGGGGCUCUUACAUUCACAGUGAAGAUCAAUGUCUCAUGGAAUGAAAUCAACCAAGAUUCGGCCGCAGAGAUCAUGCAGCACCUGAUCAAUCGCUUUGUUACUUUGGUAAAUAACGGUGAACAAGCCAUGGUUGUGAGAAAGCUUGCCUCAAGCUUGGUCGCCAUUUUCAGACACCCUGCCACACCAUGGAAACAAGCUGUCUGGCAGCUGGCUGCAAGCCUCGCCCACGGCGGAUAUGUAUCCGAAGAACAAUCACAAGCGGUGGAUUUUCAGGAGCGGAUACUGCCAGCGUUGAGCAAGAGUGGAUCGGGUGCACUCCUAUUUUUCUCUAUUGCGCUUGCUGAGGAGGCUCUCCGACUGGACUCUGACCCCCAAGAUGGGACUGGAGACGCCUCUGCUACCCAGCGAGCCAUACACAACAUUAAGGAUGGGUUGCUCCUGGUUCAAUUUGUCCUUACGAAGACCAUACAGCAUGCAAAUGCAGCUGGAAAUGAUGCAGUUGAUAUCGCACUAGCGGCUGAAGCCAUGAACUCAUGGAAGACAUGGCUAGGUGUUCAUGGGAAUCGUCAGCGCUCUUUAGCUGAAGAUGUCAAUACCUUGGCGGUGCAAUGUGGCCAAACCGUCAUUGAGAUAUUGAAGGUACCCAGCUUGAGUGAAAGUGCAGCUUCUAUUUUGGCCCAAGCCUUUGAAACCCGCCGUUGGGCCUUUGACGACAACUCGUUGUGGCUUAUUUCUGAUAUUCUUGCCAAUUCGAUCGUGACAGCUCACAUUACUGCUGUCGGGAGUGGCGAUGAAGGAGCGGAGAGCAUGUCGUUUGUUGACCUCUUGAUUGCAUAUGUCUCCCAUUUGAACUUAGAUAUCUUCAGCGACCCACUGACCCAGCAAAAUGGAGCGAUCCUCACACUUAUCCACGGCAUUUUCAAAACCCCUGGCUAUGCUUCCAUUGAUGAUCUCGGAACCCCACGUGUCUUGGAGUUUUGGAACGAGAUCGCAGAGAGUCUCCCCGAUGAACUCGAAGAAGACAGCCCGAGGUAUAACUUGGUAAAGUCACAUUUAGCCGAAGUUGUCUUGGGUCUGUCCAGCAAACUAUUAUAUCCCAAGCCCGAAGAUUUGGAAGAUUGGGGCGAGGAAGAGCGGAGUGAAUUCGGUGCCUUCCGUCAUGAGGCCUGUGAUUACUUACUCUCAGCAUACCCCGUCCUCGGUGUCGACCUGGUCACUGUCUUCCAGAGAAGCGCCACGUCCUGCCUGGAAACUCGGGACUGGCGCAAUUUUGAGACUGCCAUGUUCUGCAUAGCUCAGCUCUCAGAAGCUGUGGAUGAAAAUGGCCACGCUGACCAGUGUCUCGAUGCCAUCUUUGGUAGCGAUGCAUUUGCUAGGCUCUGCGCAGGCGGGGAGACUGAAUUACCACUCAAGGCCCGUCAGACCCUGGUGGAUUCAUUUGGAAAGUACGAAUCAUACUUUGAGCGUCACAGUUCAUUACUUCCGGGUGUUCUAAACAUCCUGUUCAAAUCCCUCAACUUUGAGUUGUGUGCGCACGCGGCUUCAAGGUCUAUAUUGACUCUUUCAAAAUCGUGUGCUCGCGUCUUGACGUCAGAUCUUCCUGCAUUCUUAGAUCAAUUGGAUCAGUUCAGAAGCAAGCCGACGGCAACUGUUUCGACCAUGCCUAAGGUUUUGGAAGGAAUCGCGACCAUUAUCCAGAGCUUGCCCAGUGACCAGGAGAAGGUACAAACGCUGGAGAGAAUUCUCGGAUUCUUUGUUCAGGAAGCCAACACAGCACGGGAAGAGGUUACCGGUCCCGCUCAUGAAUUUGGCCGUCUACGCGGACACCUCGUGCUGAGUUGUAUUGCUAGCAUUGGAAAAGGCCUUCGCUCAGAGAGCGAAGUCAUUGAUAUCGAGCUUAUCAAGGAAGGAAACCCAUAUCCUCCAUCUUUCUGGAACUCCGGACCAGGUGCCGAAACCCAGCGCCUGAUAAUGGAGGCCAUGAGACUUUUGAUUGUCGACUUCCCCGUGGACAGCAGCAUAAUCGAAGCAGCUUGCGACAUUUUGAAAGCUGGCUACACUGAGCGGGCAGGGCUUUUUGUCUUCCCGCCCUCCAUGACAGUGGACUUUAUCAAGAGCUUUCCCCUCGGUAUUUCCGGGACAGAUGUCAUCAUGGCAACCGCGUCAUCAUUUUUGGCAUCUCACGCUCGGCAUGCGAUGAAUAUUCGCACCGAGGCCGAGGCGCUCAUCGAUCAUGUAGCACAGCUCUUCUCUUCGAUGCUCCAGAAUCCGGAUGUGUACGACCCAGAGACCGCUAAUGCCGGGAUUGAUUUUCUCACACGUCUUUUACCAAAGUACUAUCCGAUAUUGUUCAAUCCCGUGAAGUCAAACCUGAGCGCAGAGUCUCCUCUUGCUGUGCUUCUUCACUUCACACUUCACGCAUUGACACGGCCAGAACCACUUCCUCUUAAAUCCUCUUCUGCAUUCUGGGUUGCAUUAAUAGAUCUGCAGGGCAGUUCUCCAGAAGAAAUGAACAUACUCGAAUCAGUCUAUCAAGAAUUUAUCCCACGCUUGUGUUACACAAUCAUCCACCAGAUUGCCGGCCAAUGCGCAAGAUCAGACUUGAUAUCUCUGAACGACGCUCUGCGACGCACUGUCUUCAAACAGAUGGGGUUGGCGCGCCCGUCUUUGAAGGCUGCGCUCGACUCUUUGAACGCCCAGGUCACAGAUGCAACCGGACAACAAGUGCCGCUUUUAUCGGCAAAAGACAAGUCACGGUUCUUGGAGUCUCUCGUCAUUGCUAGAGGUGGCCACAAACAGUCUCUGGAUCUUGUGCGUUCCUUAUGGCUGAAAUGCCGUGGCAUGGAUUUCGAUUAUGCCCAGUGA